AAAGAACAACAGUGGAAGAAAGGCAGAAAUUUUUGCUACUAGUAGUGAAAUGAUCCUAAAUAAAAAACAAUUAGAUUCAUUCAAUUUUGCAUCUAAUUCUACACAUAAUACUAUCUUACGAUUCUCUUUUUAUGGACCUUUUGAUAACUAUUUGAUUGGGUUAACAAUCCUGAGGCCAAAGAUUUAUUUCAAUAAAACAAUGCAUGAUGAACUUUAUCAAGAUAUAAUUGGUAUUACAUUAACAUUUGAUAGAUGGACAAAUAUUAAAAAUAAGCAAUUAUUUGGUGUAAUAAUUAUUUUUUCAAAAGAAAAACCAUAUGUAUGGCAUGCAACUGAUAUUAGUUCAGAGAGAGAAACACAUGUUAAAGUAAUAGAAAAAACAAGAUUUAUGAUAAAUGAAUUAAAAAAAAUAAAAAUAAAGGUCUUAGCAGUUGUUACAAAUAGUGCUGGCCCAUAUGCAGUGGCAAG